CUUACCUUGUAGCUAUGUGGCUAUAUCCCUAGCCCUAUGGGAGAAUCAUCAGUGGACUGCAAAAGACUUGCAUCCAUGCCUGACGUCGCCUUCUCCAUCGGCGGCAAAAAGUUUGCACUCACACCAGAGCAAUACAUCCUGAAGAUUGGCGAGGGAGAUGCUACUAAGUGCAUAAGUGGAUUCGUAGCUAUGGACAUUCCUCCUCCCCGUGGUCCUAUCUGGAUCUUGGGUGAUAUAUUCAUGGGAGCCUAUCACACUAUCUUUGACUAUGGUAAAAUGAAGGUUGGCUUCGCGAAGGCGGCAUAGAUAACCGGAUGAGCUGCAGAGGAUCUGGCUUUUCAGGCCAAUUUCAUGCUCAUAGAUGCUUCAUAAGGCAUGUGUGGUCUGAGAUUAAUAAGUGUGUAUAUUUUGAUUUGGCCAAGAUAUAGUAA